UAUUACAGAUGUAGUACUUUCUCAUUCACGUAGUUACAUAAUAAGGUCACUUGCGUGUUUGAACAGUAAACAAUAUUACAGAAUGUUAAUUCCUGCUUUAAUUAUAAUGGAAAUUAUCGUAACUGAAGCUGCUAUAUCACCGUUGGAAACAACUUACACUGCUACAGUUGAUGAAAACUAUACUAUUCCCUGGCAGUAUGACAAUCCUGCAGACAUGGAUCAAGUAUUUUGGACAUUCAAAUCUUCUAAAGGGGCAACAUCAGCAACAAUUAUGACUAGAGAUAAUGGUAGCCUUGCACAGGUCUUCGACUUCAAUGUUGAACAUGUAGAUGAUGGAAACAUUAAGUUGAUAAAUGUUCGAAUGAACAAUUCAGGCAUUUAUUUCUGUCAAGUAUCUUACUCAUUUACAUCUGGAAUUCCAACAGUAACUGGGACAGCUACCUUAUCUAUUACUCAAAGAUUAGGAAUUUAAGACAUUUGCAAUAUGUCAUUUAGAAAUUUGGCUUUUGACAUAAUUUUAGAGACUUGUUAAAAGAAUGCUACAAUUAUUACGCCGGCAGUACCCCGGGAUUUUUGUAAGAGCUGCAUUUGUAAAAGACAGUUUGGUUUCGAUGUAAAAUUUUGAAAUUGUGAUUGUGCGUGUAUGCGUGUACGGGUGCGUGUGUGUGCGUGUACGUGUGCAUGUGCAUGUGUAUGAUAUAGAUUAUAUAGUGAACUAAAAACAUUUCUUAAAAACUAAAAUGUAAUGUCUGUUUCCAACCAAAUUUGCCAGGAUUGUUUCUUAGGUGAUGGUCUUCUAAAGUUGCUAAAGAAUUUUGAUUACAUGCAGAAACCUUGUUUUUAUGGUUCCAUAAAGAAUUAUAAGACAAAAAAGAGAUCUUCUUCAACCUGGUCUUGAGCAUAAAUAUUUUGCAUAAGGCUUUAUCGCGAUUGUUCAAACUUAUUGGUCAAAAUUGGUCCAGUCCAGGAGAUAAUGUGCUUUUCUUAUAUGUAUCAAGUAAAAACUUUUAAAAUCUUAUUUUUUUAAAUUAAAUCUACAAAAUCUAGUUAGCAUGAAAUAUUGUCUAGUAAACCUUUUUUAAGAUUAUUCAAAUUAUAGCUGUCAAAAUUGGCCUAACCUACGGGGGUCAUGGAUUUUCCGUAUGAAGUAUAAACAAAAAAAAUACAACUUCUGUUCUUAUACUAUAGAGACUUUAGCAUAUAUUUUAUGUAGAAUUAUAAACCUUUUGUCAAGAUUAACCCCGCCCCGGGACUUUAGGUAUAUCAAAAAUCUUGAAGAAAUUCCUCUCUAAUACUGCAAGAGCAAAAGCUUAGCAUUUUUACAUGAAGCACCUUGUAGGUAUUUGGUGUCUACCAAGUUUCUUCAAACACUAGCCAAGUCAAAACUGACCACCCUUUAGGGGGCCAUUGAUUUACCUUAUAUGUAUAUAUUUUACAGUGUAUCGUUGUGAGUAAUGUAUAUAAAAUAUGUUCUGGAUUCAUGCGUUAUACUCGUUGAGCUUUUACAUAGACAUUUGGCAUUUCUUUCUUUUCAUUCUUCAUGAACAAAAUAAUAUUACGUCCUGAAACCACAAGGAAUUUGUUAAUAAACAUAAUCAUACAAAUAAUUAUCAAUACAACAUUCCAACAUUUCUUAUUUCCAAUAUUUCAUACAAUAAUUUAAACAGCAUCAACUGACAACUGAAACAGCAUCUUAUUAAAUAAACAAUUCUAAAUUGAUUUAGUUUAAUACAUAAUGAUAAUAAUAAUUUGUAAUUUUAUUUACACUUAAAAAGCAUAAGCUCCUAAUGACAUUGAUACUACCUUGGUAUGUGUUUCUCGUUCAUCCCUGUGCUGUGAAAAUAAAAGA